AACUUUUGCAGAACGAACCGACACAACUCUAUUCUCUUCUACUAUCCACACACAUUCGUAUCGGUCGUUGCGGUUCUUGGAAUAUUAAUUUGUAGAACGCGCAAAUCAAGCUGUGAAACGGAAACCGAAAAUGUCGAAUACACACUAAAACCCCGACGCAAUUUCAUCAAUGCAGCGUGCGCAUCCGUCAUAUGUAUAAGUAAAUUAAAUGAAAAGUGAAUUUUGUUUUGCAUGGCGUGCGUCAGUCAGCAAGCGAGUCCAAGUCACGUAGCAUAAAAAGCGAAACAGGCAAGGGCCAGAGAAAAAGAAAAGUUACAUGUGGGUAUUAGAAGCGAAUAUGAUGUGAAAGAAAUGGGCAUGAAGAAGACAACGCGCGACAACGAAAGCGACGAAUAAAACACACAACAAAUACAAAAGUGCAAGAGGAAAAAAGAAGCCGGAACGACGACACAAAUGAAUGGGAAUCAACAUUUGUACGCUGCCAAACUACAUACAUACAUACAUGCAUAUAUGCACACAUGCAUACAAAACACACGCAUACACUUGCGCCAACAGCACCACAACCACCAUUGCAACUAACACACUACAACACAGCAACAACAACAAGAAGAUCAACAUACGCAAAACGAAACUUCAAUUGAUUUGAAACCGAAAACUUAAGUUUAGCCGAACUACAAAACAACAAGAGCAACAACAACAAGAAGAAGCGCAGCAUUUUAGUAUUGUGCGCAACAUAUGUAAUUCCAUUUAUUGCUACCACAAGUGGCAGCAACAACAACCACAGCAAAACCAACAACAAUAAUAACAACAAUAAUAACAACAAGAAGAACAACAGGCAACUUUAAUAUUAAGAUAUUAAUAACCAACUAUUUGUAAGACUAGUUAGUAAUUAUACUUAGAGACAACAUGUGGAAUUCCGAACCAACACAUCGCCAGCAGCAGCAGCAACAACAAUAUAAUGGCAACUCUACCUCGGUCGGACAGCCUGCAAAACAAUUGGGCAUGACAUCGGCCAUCAGCUUGGCCGAGCCGCGGGCAGAGGAUCUGCAGCGUACAGGGGAGCUGAGCAAAUCCCUGGAGCCAUACAAUGUGUUUGAGAGCCAGGAUGAGCUCAAUCAUCGCAUGGAAAUAUUGGCCAAGUUAAAUACACUUGUCAAGCAAUGGGUCAAAGAGAUAUCCGUUAGCAAGAAUAUGCCCGAGGCAGCUGCCGAGAAGCUGGGCGGCAAGAUCUAUACAUUUGGGUCGUAUCGACUGGGUGUGCACCAUAAGGGUGCUGAUAUUGAUGCUCUGUGUGUGGCGCCACGCAACAUUGAGCGCACCGAUUAUUUUCAGAGCUUUUUCGAGGUGCUCAAGAAGCAGCCAGAGGUCACCGAAUGCCGUUCGGUGGAGGAGGCAUUUGUGCCGGUUAUCAAAAUGAAUUUUGAUGGCAUUGAGAUUGAUUUACUAUUUGCACGUCUAUCGCUCAAAGAAAUCCCCGAUGAUUUCGAUCUGCGCGACGAUAAUCUGCUCAAGAAUCUCGAUCCGCGUUCAGUACGCAGCCUCAACGGUUGCCGUGUCACUGACGAGAUUCUCGCCCUGGUGCCCAAUAUUGAGAACUUUCGCCUGGCACUGCGCACCAUUAAAUUGUGGGCCAAGAAGCAUGGCAUCUAUUCGAAUUCUUUGGGCUAUUUUGGCGGUGUCACUUGGGCAAUGUUGGUGGCACGCACUUGCCAACUUUAUCCAAAUGCUGCUGCCGCCACGCUGGUGCACAAGUUCUUUUUGGUAUUCUCGCGCUGGAAGUGGCCCAAUCCGGUAUUGCUCAAGCAUCCGGAUAAUGUAAAUCUACGAUUUCAGGUCUGGGAUCCUCGUGUGAAUGCCUCGGAUCGGUAUCAUUUGAUGCCAAUUAUAACGCCCGCAUAUCCACAACAGAACUCCACAUUCAAUGUGUCUGAGUCAACAAAGAAGGUCAUAUUGACCGAGUUUAAUCGCGGCAUGAGUAUCACGGAUGAGAUCAUGCUGGGACGUGUCAGCUGGGAUCGCCUCUUUGAGGCGCCCAGUUUCUUUUAUAGAUAUCGUCAUUUUAUUGUGCUGCUGGUCAACUCCCAGACAGCUGACGAUCACUUGGAAUGGUGCGGUCUCGUUGAGUCCAAGGUGCGUCUGCUCAUUGGCAAUUUGGAGCGUAAUCCUCACAUUGCCCUUGCCCAUGUCAAUCCGAAAUGCUUUGAGCUGAAGAAGGGCGUCAGCGCCAACAACUCACAGAACAACAGCGGCAACGAGGAUGAACUGAAACAGCAGCAGCAACAACAACAGCAGCAAUCCUCAGUUACCACAUCGCCGUUCUGUUCACUUUGGUUUAUUGGCCUCGAGUUUGAGCGUUCCGAAAACCUCAACAUUGACCUCACCGAGAGCAUACAAAACUUUACAGAGCAUGUCAUCAUGCAUGGCGUGAACAUUAAAAUGCUGAAGGAGGGCAUGGGUAUCGAUGCCCGUCAUGUGAAGCGCAAACAGUUGUCGCUUUACUUGGACGCAGACUUUCUCAAACGCGAGCGCAAGUCCAUGGAGAGUCACAACAACUUUAACACCACACUGUUGGCCAAUCGCAAGCGUCUCUCCACGGAACUGGCGCAAUCGCAGGAUCCGUUGCCGCCGGGACAACAAGCAGCAGCUGGCGGCAAUCGUGGACGCGAAAGUAGCGCCAAGGUGCAUCGACUAAGUGAAUCGCUCACUGAGGACAAUUCAAAUGCCUCCAGCGAUAUGGGCGGUACGACGCCCAGCACGCCCACAGCAGCGCAAAUGAAUGCGCCCAGUUUCAAGGCAACGGGCAAGAAUGGCGCCGAUGGCAUGGACAGCACAGAGCAGGCAGUGCCAGUGUUGCCGCAUAACAAUGGUAGCAGCAACAACAAUGGCAACAGCAGCAACAAUAAUAACAACAACAACACAGCUACAGCUGAGGUGGCCUGCUCGUGACAACCGCCAAUGCCACAAGCACAGCAGCAGCAGCAACAACAACAGCAGACAGCACCGCCGCCACCGUCACCGUCUCCACAUCAUCAUCAUCAUAAGUUUCGCAAGAACAACAAUGCGGCAGCAGCUGCUGCAUCCAAUAGCAUUUUUAACCAACGUUCAAUACUGCAUGCGGCUUCGAGUCUAACGGCCGCUCUAAGCAUAACCGGACACAAGCGCAAGCAGACAGCAACAACAACUACAACCACAGCAACAUCAUCAUCCCCAGGAGCGGCAGCAACAACACUUGCUGCUUCCAACAGCAACAUUAAUAAAAAUGGCAACAGCAGCAUUGUCGGUGGCGGCAACAACACAACCAUAUGCUAUUACAUAGAUGACGAUGAUGACAACAACCAAGAGCAACCACCUACGCAAAAACCACAGAAGCAGCAGCAACAACAAUCACAUGCUGCUGCCAGAGCCAACAUGCCAACAGCAACAACAUCGGCAACAACAGCAGCCGCAGCAGCGGCCACGACAAUUUCUUUGUAAAAAGCUAUUACAUAUACCAUUAAGGCUUAGUUUUGAUAGUUAACCUACCUAUUGAUUUCCUUUUGGCAUUGAUGCCUCCAACAGAAUGGAAGCCCCUAUAUUUUAUACAAAACGGUUUCCAUUUUAGCCUGCAAAGUUUUGUUUUACUUUUAAUCCUUCAACGAAAAUGCGUUGAUAUAUUCAAUACAUACCAUAGAAAGAGGACAACAUGAAAAAACAACAUCCAACAACUACAUGACUAAAAGCGAGAUAUAACUUUUUGAUCGCCAGAAGAAAGCAUUUCGCUAACAUUUGUCUUAAUGUUUUCUCCCAAAUAAUACUGUUGUACAUCUUUUUUACUUCCCACAGCUGGUAUGAGAAGAAUGCGUGAAAGAAAAGGAGAAAGAAAGUAAGAGUAAUGGUGAGAGUGCUGAUGGCAGAUGACAACAAAAUGAAUGAAACAAAACAACAAAUGCAACUGCAACAUGAAAAAGAUCUACUUAUGAAUUUUAGAAUCUAUUUCUAUCUUUUUUAAUUUCAUCUUGUUUUCAAUAUAUGUUUUCUUCUUCUUCUAGUUGUACGCUGAAAAUUUGAAACAAUUAUGUUCGUUUUUCUAAGAAAAGAUAACUGAAAAAAGGUAAUAACAAAAAAA